AUGGCUGCCGGUAAAGGAGGAAAAAAAUCCAUCAAAUCAAGCUCGCGCUCCGAAAAGGCUGGACUGCAGUUUCCAGUCGGUCGUAUCCACCGUUUUCUGCGACGCGGAAACUAUGCCCAGCGCAUUGGAUCUGGCGCGCCCGUGUAUCUGGCCGCAGUGCUGGAAUAUCUGACGGCCGAAAUUCUCGAGUUGGCAGGAAACGCUGCCAACGACUACAAGAAAAAGACGAUUUCGCCCCGCCAUCUGCAGCUUGCCAUCCGCAAUGAUGAGGAGCUCAACAAGCUGCUCAAGAAUGUCACCAUUGCUUCUGGAGGAGUCUUGCCACACAUCCACUCUGUUCUUCUUCCCAAGAAGACAAAGAAGGAGGACGGAUCUCAGAGCCACGAAUACUAA